AUGGCGGAUAAUUAUGAGAUAGAAUUGUUGUCGGAAGAGAGGUCAAACUUACUGAAAGUUGCCGAAGAGCACAAAAAACAGCUAAUAUCUGCAAAUACCAAGAUCGAAAAGCUUAAGCACGAGAAGGAGGAACUUAAAACACGGGAGCUGUUUUCCCGUCUCAACAAAAUGAGGGAUGAAGUGGACGAGAAAAGUAGAGAAAUAAAUAAACUGAAGAAAGAAAAUGAGUUACUCACAGAGGCGAUGGAAAAUUACAGAAAAAAGAAUGGAAAGUAA